AUGAACGAGAAGGCCAACGUUACCAAGGAGCUCAACGCCAAGCACAGAAAGAUACUGGAAGGGCUUCUUAAAUUGCCAGAGAAUAGGGAAUGUGCUGACUGCAAAGCUAAGGGUCCAAGAUGGGCUAGCGUGAAUUUGGGUAUCUUUGUAUGCAUGCAGUGUUCUGGGAUCCACAGAAGUCUUGGGGUACACAUAUCGAAGGUGCGAUCUGCUACUUUGGACACAUGGCUUCCAGAGCAGGUUGCUUUUAUCCAAUCAAUGGGAAAUGAGAAGGCAAAUAGUUACUGGGAAGCAGAGCUACCUCCAAACUAUGACAGAGUUGGAAUUGAGAAUUUUAUUCGUGCAAAGUAUGAAGAUAAGAGAUGGGUUUCUAGGGACGGACAACCAAAACCACCUUCUAGAGGAUGGGAAGAAAAGACUUCCACACAUUGGCAGAGACCUGGAGAAAGAAGUGGGCAUGGGUAUGUAGGAAAUUCUGAAAAAACUUUUGAGGAAAGGAAGAACAUUCAAUCAACUAGUACACAACAAAGUGUUCCUGCUGCAAGAAUCAGUCUUCCUGUUCCUCCAAAAGGUCCUGAACAGGUUGUACAUGUCCCAAGACCACAAGAUGUUCAGAAAAUAGAACCAGCAGUUCCGCCAGCUACUGCAACAAAGCAAGUUGUUGACACUGCUCCUCCUGCCCCUCCAAAAGUUGAUUAUGCUAUUGACCUUUUCAACAUGCUUUCAGUGGAUGAUGGUCCAAGUGAGAACGGUUCAGAUGCAGCAUCUGCUGAAGAUAAUGAUUGGGCAGGUUUUCAGUCUGCUGAAAAGGCAUCGACAGCUGCUGAAAAGGUAUCAACAGCUGAGAAAACUGCUCCAUCAAGUGAAGCAGGGAGCCAUAGUCAAUCUUCAUCAGGAAUUGAGGAUCUAUUUAAAGAUGUACCUUCACUAACACCUGUUUCAGAGAAACCCCAGAAAGACUUAAAAAAUGAUAUUAUGAGUCUUUUCGAAAAGUCCAGCAUGGUGUCACCCUUCGCUAUGCAUCAGCAGCAACUUGCAAUGCUGGCUCAGCAGCAGUCUCUUCUCAUGGCUGCUGCAGCUAAAUCUGCUGGCAUGGAUCAAAAGUUUCCUGGUAUUAUUCAACAACCUGUGUCCAAUGGAAGCAAUUUACCCUCCCAAAGUUGGCCAAAUGUUGGCUAUCAAAUUCCGGGAUUGAUGAUGCCUGUAGAUGGACAGGCUGAGCUACAGAAAGUUACACAGAGUCAGACACAGAUCAUGGGACCAGCACAUCCACUGGGGAGCUCUGUUCCAUAUUCAACAUCUAGCUUUUAUAAUAUGGCCCAAGUUAACCCAGUUAAUGGCGCAAAAAAUGAUGGAGCGAAUAAGACUCAAUCUCCGUCUCCCGUAUCAUCUGCGACUUCUGCACAAUCGGCAAAAGAUUAUGAUUUCUCUUCUUUAACACAAGGAAUGUUUGCAAAACAGUGA